GGCGGCAACGUCGCCCCGCUCUUGGAGACGUCUCUUCCGGUGGCGAGCUCCAGGCGCUCGGGCUCCCUGCGGGCUGCUCUGUAGCACCCGGCGCCUGUCAGCAGGUGUCAAUGAGUUUGAUCUACUGGUGAUCGGGGGCGGCUCCGGCGGCCUGGCCUGCGCCAAAGAAGCUGCUGACUUGGGAAAGAAGGUGGCGGUCAUGGACUACGUGGUCCCGUCCCCGAGAGGCACCAGCUGGGGCCUCGGGGGCACGUGCGUGAACGUGGGCUGCAUCCCCAAGAAGCUCAUGCACCACUCGGCCAUCCUGGGGCACGCGCUGCGAGACGCCCCCGCCUACGGCUGGCAGGUGGCCCCCUCGGUGCCCCACAACUGGCGUCAGAUGGCACAAGGGAUUCAGAACUACGUCAAGUCCCUGAACUGGGGCUACCGCGUGCAGCUGCAGGAGCGGAAAAUCAAAUACUUCAACAUCCAGGGCAGUUUUGUGAACGAGCACACGGUGCACGGGGUCGACAAGUCCGGAAAGGAGACGAAAAUCACCGCCGACCAUGUGGUCAUCGCCACGGGAGGGAGGCCACGCUACCCCGACAACGUGGAAGGCGCCAAGGAGUACGGGAUCAGCAGCGACGACCUGUUCUGGCUGAAGGAGUCUCCGGGAAAAACGUUAGUGGUUGGAGCCAGCUACGUGUCCCUGGAGUGCGCGGGGUUCCUCACGGGCUUUGGCCUGGACACCACCGUCAUGGUCAGAAGCAUCCCGCUGCGAGGCUUUGACCAGCAAAUGGCCCUGUUGGUGACCAGCCACAUGGAGUCUCAGGGCACCAAGUUUUUGAAGCACUGCACCAUGAAGAAAUUGGAAAAGCUUCAGAAUAAUCAGCUAAAAGUCUACUGGAAUGACCACGAGGAAAACAAGGAGUGUCUGGAUGUGUUCGACACAGUCUUGUGGGCUGUGGGUCGCGUCCCGGAAACCAGGGGCCUGAACCUGGAGAAGGUCGGAGUGAAGCUUCACCCGGACUCCCAGAAGAUCCUGGUGAACGCCAACGACGAGACCUCGGUCGGCCACAUCUUCGCCAUCGGGGACGUCAGUGAGGGACGUCCCGAGCUGACACCCACGGCCAUAAUGGCGGGGAAGCUGCUGGCGCGGCGCCUGUUCGGGCGGUCCUCCGAGCUCAUGGACUACGACAACGUGCCCACGACGGUCUUCACGCCCCUGGAAUACGGUUGUGUGGGAUUGUCAGAGGAGGAGGCGGAAAAACGCCACGGGAAGGACGGCAUCGAGGUUUACCACGCCUACUAUAGGCCGCUGGAGUUCACUGUGCCCGAAAGAGACUCUUCCCAGUGUUACAUCAAAAUGGUGUGCCUGCGGGACAGGGAGCAGCAGAUCCUCGGGCUCCACUUCAUCGGCCCCAACGCCGGCGAAGUCAUUCAGGGAUUUGCUCUCGGAGUUAAGUGCGGGGCCACCUAUUCGCAGAUGAAGAAGACGCUCGGCAUCCACCCGACCAGCGCCGAGGAGGUGGUGAAGCUGUGGAUCACCAAGCGCUCGGCCCUGUCGGCCACCGUCACGGGCUGCUGAGGCUAGGCCGCCCUCCCUGGACGAGCCCCGGAGCACCAGCGACCCGCCGCGCCCGCAGCUUCCUCUGCCUCCGAGCCCCCCACGCCCCGGAGUCCGUGCCCAUGGGCGCCCGCAGCCUGGAACCUGGAGUGUUUUUCCAGCCCCGGAGCGUCCCGUCACCGGCCUACUCGCGUCCGCCACGGCGGUGGGAACGGAAGCCGGGCUUUGUUCGGCGGCGGAGACGUCGGCCGCGACGAGCGUGGACGGGACGGCCCUCGUGGGACGGCCUUCGCUCGGCACUCGCCCUCCGGGCCCUGGCGGGCGGAGCCGCGGGGCCCUCCAGAGGCCGGCAGGCCGGGGGUCCUCGUCGGUGAGGAUCGCGGCACGUUCCCGCGGCAGAAUUAGGAUCCGGCGCUGGCGUCGCCAAAGACAUUUUCUCCGAUCAGAGGAAGGAAGGCCGGGGGGCUCCUGCCCCGCCCGCCUCCCCGCUCACUUCCUGGCCCGUUGCUGUGUGCUCCUCCAGGGAUGGCGCUCCGCUGGGGAACCGCCUGCGUGCUGUGCACACGCGGGAGGGACGCCCGCGGCCCCUGUGUGUCCGAAUGCCAGAGCAUGACGAGCUGUGCAGAAACCCCCCCGGGGGCCGUGCAGGUCCGAGCUCCCCUGGCGUUCUUGUGUGUGUGACAGACCCGACCCCUCCCCAAUAAAGAGGAUGUUUUAUUCCC